AUGUCACCAUUGGUUUUACUUGGUGGAACAAUUAACUUUUUAAACUCACCGAUUGUGAAUUCUGUUCCUACAUCAACGUCAUCAACAUCAAGACAAGCAUCAUCAAAACAUAUUUUCAAUAAAACUUCAGAAAAGUGUGCUAGAAAUCGAAAAAUAAGAAAGAGAUGUACACAUUAUUACGAAUAUAAAGCUGUAAUUAUUGGAUCAGUUCAGGCCUGCAAAGAAGUUAAAAGAGUUACAAAUUUGUAUACUACAUUUGAUAUUUCUCGAAAGGAGCAGUUGUCAAUAGUGUUUCGCUACAUAAAUAAAAACACCGGUGAUAUCUGUGAAAGACUAAUAGCUGUUCGAGAAACUUUAUCAACUACUAGCCAACAUUCGUUUAAAAUGUUCAACGAUAUAUGUGAAAAAAUGGAUAUAGAUUGGAAGAAAUAUCUAAUUGGCCAAUCUUACGAUGGUGCAGCUUCAAUGAAAGGUGCCUACAAUGGAUUCCAGGCCAUAAUGAAAGAACAUAACCCUUCCACUACAUAUGUCUGGUGUUGGACACACAGGUUUAGUUUGGUAAUAGUAGAUGCAGUAAGUAGUUGCUCCCAGGCCAAAAAUCUAUUCGGUAAUUUGGAAACACUAUAUGAUUACAUUGGCAGCAGUAAAAAACGAGUAGGGCUAUAUUCACAACAUCAAAAAGAAAGAUAUCCUGAAUCAUUUGUAUUAACUAGUUUUACAUUCAAACAAAUAUUUGAGCUAACUAAUCCUUUAAGUGUAUUUUUACAAGGCGUACAAAUUGAUUUAUUGGCUGCUACUGAAUAUAUACAAAGUGUAUUUGAAAAAAUUCAAGCUUUCAGAGAUGACAAUCAGUUUGAAAAUUUAAUCGAAGAUAAGAAUCAGUAUAUAUCAUCUAAAAGUGACGAAUUAUCUUUCACGCCAUUAGUAGCAAAUAGAAAAAGAGCAAAAAAGAAAAUGCCAGAUUUAUCACUUUUUCAAGUAAAGAGAAUAAUAGAAGUUAAAGAAAACUCCAAUUUACUAACUGAUGCAUUUGAAGGUUUUGAAGAAAUAUAUGGACAAUUUGUAAAGGUUGAGGAUUUGAGACGUGAAUACAAACAGUUUGUAAAUUUGUAUUUAAUGUUUGAAAAACUUAUAAAAUUACCAGUGAAGAUACAUAAGCCAAUACCAUGUGAUGAUAAUAGCAAUGAUGACAUCGAAGAAGAAAACACAGAAAAUCUAAUUAUGUCAACAACUUGUGGAACAAUAAACACAGUAUACAAGUUAUUUCAACAAAAUGGACUGAAAGAAGUGUUUCCAGCAAUUUACACAGCGCUAAGCAUUGGACUAACGUUACCUAUUUCAAGUUCAUCUCCAGAACGAGCCUUCUCAAAAUUAAAACUUAUUAAAAGUAAAUUAAGAAGUACAAUGGCAGAAGAACGAUUAGAUUCUCUGAUGUUAAUAUCAUGUGAGAAUGAUAUUGACAUUGACUUUGACUCAGUUAUCAAUAUUUUUACAUCAUAUAGUACAGUGCUUAAAAAAAUAUUAUGUUAA